GACCCUUGUCACACACAGCCAGCAGUCACAACAGUGGGGACUUCAAAGGCGGCCGGGGGCGGCUGGUGGGAAGCGUGAGUGACAGGGAGACGGACGAGGGGACAAUGAGAGCAGCCCAGAGUGUGAUACAGCAGAGGAGAGGGCAGUAGAUGGAGACAGAGUUUGGAGGCAGAAUAAAGAGAAAGUGACAAAACAGAGUGGCGAGAGAGUCACUUCUGUGGAGCGGAAGGACAAAACAGAUCAGGAGGAGGAGGAGGAGGAGGAGGAGGCAGACCGAGGCAGAUUCCCCGCUGUUCGGAGCAUGGUGGCAGUUCACAUGGAUCUGGUCGACCUCUACCUCCCAGAGUGCUUCACCUACCACUCUGACACCGAGCUUCUGGGCAGGAUGUCAGUGAGGGGCCUGGACCCCGCUUGUCCCACCUCCAUCAAGCGUGAGCCCUCCAGCCCCAGCCCCAGCUCUCAGGGCGACAUCAGCCCGGCCCAGCCCAGCCCCGGGAGCUCCUCCUCGGACACCAACUCCAGCUACGGACCCCUGACCAAGGGCCACAAGCACGGCAAUGGCCUGGACUCGCCGGGCGUCUACGGCAACGCGGCGGUGCUGGCCAACAACGGGCCGGCGAACAGGAGGUUCGGGGAGGACGAGGGCCAAGUGAAGUGUGAAUUCAUGCUGGGCUCGGUGGCCAAGCGGCUGUGCCUGGUGUGCGGCGACGUGGCCUCGGGCUACCACUACGGCGUGGCCUCGUGCGAGGCCUGCAAGGCGUUUUUCAAGAGGACCAUCCAAGGUAACAUCGAGUACAGCUGCCCGGCGUCCAAUGAAUGUGAAAUCACCAAGAGGAGAAGGAAAUCUUGCCAAGCGUGUCGAUUUGUGAAGUGUCUGGCGGUGGGCAUGCUAAGAGAAGGUGUGCGUCUGGACCGGGUGCGAGGCGGCAGGCAGAAGUACAAGAGGAGAAUAGACGCUGAGAACAGCCAAUACCUGCACCCCCAGACCGCACUGCCACAGAAGAAAAUAUUCUCCGUAGGUGGUGCGGUGGAGAACAAGGUGGUGUCCUUGCUGCUGGUGGCCGAGCCGGAGAGCAUCUUCGCCAUGCCGGACCCCACGGUGCCCGAGAGCGACAUCAAGGCCCUGACCACGCUGUGCGACCUGGCGGACAGAGAGCUGGUGGUCAACAUCGGCUGGGCCAAACACAUCCCGGGUUCCCCUUCGCUGUCGCUGGCGGACCAGAUGAGCCUGCUCCAGAGCGGCUGGAUGGAGAUCCUGAUCCUCCGGGUGGUUUUCCGCUCUCUGGCUACGGAGGACAAGCUGGUGUACGCCGAGGACUACGUGAUGGACGAGGAGCAGUCCAAGCUCGCCGGCCUGCUCGACCUCAACAACGCCAUCCUGCAGCUGGUGAAGAAAUUCAAGGCGAUGGGGCUGGAGAAGGAGGAGUUUGUGGUCCUCAAAGCGAUUGCGCUUGCUAACUCAGACUCCAUGCAGAUCGAGGACUCGGAAGCGGUCCAGAGACUCCAGGACGUCCUCCACGGGGCCCUGCAGGACUACGAGGCCUCCCACCACCCGGAGGACCCCCGCCGCGCCGGCAAAAUGAUCAUGACCCUCCCUCUCCUCCGCCAGACGUCCGCCCGCGCCGUCCAGCACUUCUGCAGCAUCAAGCAGGACGGGCGCGUGCCCAUGCACAAACUCUUCCUGGAACUGCUGGAGGCCAAAGCCUGACCCCCCCGACGCGGACCGCCGUGGGCUCCGUCCCGACCUGCGAAGCAGCGUUCGGGAUCGAAGCGAGCAAAAGUAUCAUCACGGGUAACGUUGGAGUCUGACACCAUGUAUUUGUCCAUUGCAGCUUGCGUUUGACCGGCGAAGCCAGCCGACUGGAACGUUUCUACAGCCACACCCGACUGACUUCCAGAGAAAUGUCUGAACUAAAGGAGAAAAAAACGCAGGGGAAUCAGGCUUUUGGUGUCCUCUCUGCCGUUUGUGACACUGAAUGGAGCUUGUCUGCCUGCUUUAAAAGAUAAAGACGACCGGACAGACGAAUCGCCUUCUAGAGAUAUCAGCA